CAACACGAACAAGGCGGGACUACUGGUGAUUCCGGGAACCAAUGAAGAAUUGGAAACCUAAAAGGGCCGUCCGUCCGAAAACAUGGAUCAGUACUGAUGUAUGAAGUGGAUUCAGUGAAAUGUCGGAGAAGCACGGUGUGUUCGUUUCAAAGGUUCUGAAAAUACUGUAUCCUUCCGCCCCUCAGACUGUACCACAAGAAAGUCCAGCAUCGUGUUCAUCACCAACGACCCAAGAGAAGAAGAAACUGUGUGAAGCUGCAUCAUCUGCAAUUGGUCAGGGCAAACCUUCAGAUGCUGGGAUUGACACACAUGUACCCAGGAAAAUCUAUACAGUUGCUCUCCCCCCUGCUGAAUAUACAGCAGACCCUGCAGAGACCACAGUAGUCGGAACAGAAAGCUCAGAUACUGACAAAGGCAGUAAUGGUGAGGAUGCUCAGAGAAAAAUAAUAAGAAAACACAGACAAAAAAGGAGGUGUAAUAAAGCUCUGAAGGGAGGAUCUUCUCUUGAAAACAACACUGAUCAUGAAGUUCAACUGCAGCCAGGCCUUCAGGAGUCAUCCCAACAUGUUGUCACAGAUGGGACUAAAAUGAGUAAAAAUAAAAAGAGAAAGAUGAAGAAGAAACGUCAUAAAGAGAAGGUGAAAGCUGCUGGCAUUCUUAAAUCUACAGCUAUAGAGAUUACAUACCAACCUAAAGAAGACAAUGAUAGGGAGGAUUAUUCUGAAGACAUUCCAAAAAAGGCUGCUGAGAUCUUAGACUUCCUUCAAGCAACACUGGAGAUUUACUAUGCUGACAAUAAAUGCAAACUUGCAGCAUUGUGGCUUGUUCCAGAAACAGUUGAUUGUAUUCUGCGACACCUUGACACAUGUUCCAUGCCCUCUUCAGAUGUGACGUUACUGUAUAAGCUGAAGUCUCUUGUAAUUCUGCAAGAUACUGAAAGACUAAAGAAGGCUUUGGAUGAUUUCCAGGAGUGUUCAAUGAUGCCUGAUGCUUACCAUCCUUAUCAUCCUUAA